CAUACAUCUAGUAUACUAUACAUUUAGCUAUAUUAUGAAGGCAUACAGCUAGUUAUAUACACUCUUUGUUAAGAAUUACUUACUAGCUGGAAGUCUCGUGGUAAAAAUUCACCGAUGGAAACUGCAGUAACCAAUAUCCAUUAAAAAGGUUGUCUUACAAACAACAGUCAGUUUCCAGUACUUUGAUAUCGGAAAUGGAAGAAAAUCAAACGCUAUUUUGUCACAAGGAAUCUUAAACAAGAUAACUAACACACUCAUAACAAAAAUGAAAAUUGAAGAAAACUAACCAAAAACCCAACCCAAUCCUGCGUUCUUUCUUUCCUUUCCAUUCCGAUAUGCUUGUAAAAAAACCUUACUUACUCAUAGUGCUGGCGUACAAAAUACAGCUAAUACGUAUCCUCUUAUAAUGGAAUAAUAUUCCAUGGCUUUUUUCAAUUUUUUAGCGAUAAGAGGUGAGGCCUUCGCUUUCUUCGUCCUACGGAUUUCUUUAAGACUACAUACCCGCAUACGUAAAGAAAUUCUGAGAUCUCACAAUAAGCCCUAAGCAUGAAUAACUCUUGUAAUAAAGUUCUCCAAACUUCACCUUUCGGGGUUAUAAAUCAAUGAUUGAUUGUUAGCAAAUGACAUCAAUAAAUCGAAUCCUGUUAUUUUGACAUUGAGAAAAGUUACUAAUAUAAAAGAAGAAAAGAAAUAUAGAAAAGUCAAUCUUGAAAAGUUAACUGUAGUAUUUACAGAAAGUAGAAACUGCAAAGAUGAUGUGUCUCUUAUUUUAUGUAACUUGUUUACACUUCGUUAUGGUGCAUACUGCUACGCUUCCACAUAAAAACCUUGAUGACGGUGUUACAAAAGGCUGCAGAGGUGCUGAUAACAAUCCUAAUGGAUACCCUGGUCAAAUCCCCACAAACACAAUAACAGGUUCCUGUAGAAAAUCUGAUCAAUAUGGCGGAUAUUAUUUUUUGAUCACAUGGGGUCAACCAAUUGAUGCAAAAACUAAACCAGCCAGCGGUUAUCAAGUAACAUUUGAUUAUGGUUCGUUCUCCUUUAUCUGUUUCCAAGUGAAAAACAACACAAAUCAGUUUAUUUUUACAAAGAAGAGAGGUUUCGUGGAAGGUCAAAUUUAUGAUUUAGCGAUUAUUCCUCGUCCCACACCAUACGCGCUUUCAACAAAGAUGGUCCGCAUCGGCAAAUGCCCAGCAGAUCCAACAUACCCUACUCUUAAGACACGAAAAGAAGUACGCACAACAUCUACUGUGCAACCCAAGGUUUAUGGAAGAAAAACGAAAAAAGCACGAGUUUGUGGUUAACUUGGUCUUGUAAUACAGACAUAUUUAGGCAAUGACCUUUUUAUAACCAUAGUCACAGACAAAUAAAGAAGAAAAGAACAAUUUAGUCUAUUUGCAAAACACAUCUUAAUUUCGUACGGGUUCCUCGUAGGUGUUGCUAACACUAUAUGAUCUUUAUCCUCGGUAAACUUGUAGACUGGAUACAAAAAUAUCUGCAAAAUAUGUUUUUUAUUCUCUCUAACCAUAUCUUUAUCGCUUAAAAUCCCCGUAUGUAUGGAAUAGUCAACCCGUGGAAAAAUCCACAGGGUCAUAAAAUGAACUUUCCCCUAAAAUCUCUUUCUAAUUAGCGG